GAAUAUCGACUGAAGCCCUUCUCAGAGUCUGGAAUCGACGGGAUGCCAGCCACUUCUCCACCGACCAACUUUGGCCUCAUGAUCGACAACCGGGAUGAGGUCUUCCCGUAACAGGAGUUUGGCUUGGCUCCAGUGGUCCUCUGACUGGCCCAAAACAAAAGUUGAUCCUCGCGUUGAAUCAGUUCUUUCUUUCUUUCUGACGACUGGGCAGUCCGAAUCAAAACUCUCUCGAGUCUCAAAACUUUCAGACAUGACACAAUCAGUGACAUUGCCUCGGGGCGGCAUCCAGCUAAGAUAUCGUCGAGGCUUGAUGCGAAUAAGGUUAAAAUGCAGCACCAAUGGUGUGGCCCGGGAAAAAGCGCCACCCACGCAUCGGCCGCCCCAGUUCCUUCAAACAGUCCUAAAACGGCGUAAGUAUGGGCAUCCGGUCCACGCUACGACAAUCGCCAUACCCUUUCCAUACAAUUUCGACACGAUGCCGCGCAUGCAAAUGGGAAGGCGUGCCCACUUGGUGGGUUGGCUGUUGAUUUCUAUCGGAUACGACAACUUCCAGCUUUCCAAGAUUUGAACUUGAAGAAAGACACGCGCUGGACGACGCAAAAUUCUCUUCAAAAACAUCGCCGUCACUAUAUCUUUGAAGAUCACCUCUUGAAAUCGCCAAGGGCAGAUAAUAAAACACAGCUGGCUUCUGCAUGAAUUGAGAGAAUUCGAGCAAGAUACUUUGAUCUCUGCCACAUUCCUACCCCAGACCCAACGAUGGCUAUAACAUCUGGUACUGCAGCAUAUGCAAAGGAUUCCACGCCCAUCAUGCCAACAGCACAUCCGGAAGAGCACACGGCCGACUCGUCGCAUU